CAACUAUGAGGAAUGGAGCGGACGGAUGAGGAGUGCCUUCAAACGCUACAAGCUACUGAAGAUUGCUGUUGGGGAAGAGAAGAUGCCGGAAGAAGGCGAAGCACGCGAACGGUGGAUUGAGAAAAGCGCGGUGCUUUUCGACCUCAUCCUUCAAACGGUCAACAAGGAGAUGUUCGAGCACAUCAAGGAUCUUGUGGAAGCGAAUGAUUCGGGUCCAAGGGCGUGGAAACUACUACGCGAUGUGAUUCAGCCCAACACUCUUCCGAUGGUGAUCGUGCUCGAGAAGGAACUUGCUGCAAUCUCCAUGCGACCAGGGGAUGAUGUGAAGCUGAUCCUUGACAAGAUCAAGGACACCUAUGCAAGGAUGGCAGCAGCGGGCAGCAGCGUUUCUCAGCUGCAGCAGUGCACCAAGAUCAUCUCGGUGUUGGAUAACUCGUGGGACAACCUCAUCCCCACCCUCAACUCUCAGCAAGAUCAAUGGACACCUGAGUGGCUAAGGCAGCAGAUUCUGCAGGAGGACUUCCGCAGACGCCAUGUGGGAGGUGGUGCUUCCACUAAGACUGCUGAGGGUGGCAAGGGGAGUACCAGAAUGGAGGGCACCUGCUGGUACUGCAAGAAGGUCGGGCAUCCUUGGUUUAAGUGCUUCAGCAGGCCGGAGGGAUGGGCACCUCCAGGCAUGAAGCCGCCCAGUGGUGAACGCGCACAAGGUGGCGCUGUGCAAGGCUCAGGUGCACAAGGUGAAGGUGCACAAGGUAAUACCUAUCCUGGGAUGUUUCUCAUGGUUGAGGAUGUGCAUGGGCAUGAGGGUGAUGUGGGAUCUGUGGGAAAGGUUGUGAUGCACCCUCUCACGCACUGGGUGAUUGAUUCGGGUUGCACCAGUCACAUGACCCCACGGGCAGAUUUGCUUGAUGAGGUAAAACCCCCUGGGAAGAUCAAGUAUGUGGCAGCAGCGUCAGGUGCUUUGCUCCCUGUCAUUGGUGUUGGAAAUGCCAAGGUUAAGGGAGCUUAUGGGGAGCUUGUGGGGCUUGGGAAUGUUCUGCUGGUUGAAGGCUUGUCUGCUAACCUUCUCUCUGUGCGACGACUGCAGAAGAGCAAGGCCGAAGUGACCUUUGGACGAACCAGCUGCCGUGCUAAGCUUGGGAAGAAGGUGCUGUGGAGUCUGGAAGAGGAGACCAGCUGCAUCAAGGACCUGUGGCAGCUGCCCAUCAUCCCAUGGAAUGGGAAGACUCCAACAGCAGCAACGGCAGCAGCGGCAAAGGCAACAGCAGGAGGAGAUGCAACUGCACCAACUGAUGGGCAGAAUGGCGUGGCUGAGAGGUUCAACAGGACCCUGCAGGAGGGGGCACGCACUCUCCUUGGGCGUGCAGGGCUGCCUGAUCCGUUUUGGGUGUCUGCACUGAGGCAGGUCGCCCUUGUGAAGAACAGGGUGCUGGCUACAGUUGGAGAUAAGGAGUGGAUCCCAUAUACCAAGUGGUAUGGGAGUGCUCCAGCUGUGAACAUGCUGAGGGCAUUUGGGUGCAUGGUGGUGUUUCAUGUGCCUAAGGAGAAAAGGGGGAAGUUGGAGGCUUCUAGAAGAUGGGGUCGACCUAGGAGGGAUGUGCGCCCUCCGGUGAGGCUAACCUAUGGGGGAAGAGGCAAGCCGAAUGUGGUGCAGGCUGGGAGUGUGGUUGAGCAGAUUGAGGAAGAUGAGAUCGCUCACUGCUACUGGGCACCAAUCCCUGAGCCCAAGACUCGAGAGGAGGCUUUGAAUGGACCAAAUGGGGAGAAGUGGAAGGCGAGUGAGGAUGAGGAGUUCGGGUCCCUAAUUGAGAACGAGACAUGGGACCUGUGUGACUUGCCUCCUGGAAAGAAGGCAAUCACUUCCAAGAUGAUCUACAGGCACAAGUAUGGACCUGAAGGGGAGCUGAUCCGCUACAAGUCUAGGCUUGUGGCACGGGGGUUUCAGCAGACAAAGGGGAAGGACUAUGAUGAGGUGUUUGCUCCUGUGGGGAAAGGAACAACACUGAGGGUGCUGUUGGCGAUAGCUGCACUCCUGGGAUGGAAGAUUCGGCAGAUGGAUAUUGUGACUGCCUUUCUGAAUGGGAUCAUUAUGGAGGAGGUGUACAUGAAGCAGCCAGAGGGGCUGGAUGAUGGGAGCGGCAGGGUCUGCAGGCUGAAGAAGGCCAUUUAUGGCCUUAAGCAGGCGCCUCGUGCAUGGUAUCACAAGUUGGAGGAGGCGCUGUUGGCUGGGGGUUUCAAGAAGAGUGAGUGUGACCCCAGCCUGUUCCUGCUGCAGGAGAAGGAUGAAAUCCUCAUGCUCUUGGUUGAAGUUGUGGGGUGACUUUAUAUGGAGUUGGGACCUUUGGGGGUUGGGGAAAUUUGUCACUCUACUGUAACAGCUGCAAAUUGGUUGGGAACAACCAAGCUAGGUUGGCAAGGGUGGCCAACUUGGAUGGAUUGGUUGGGAAGGGACAAAUGUCAAAAUUGGGGUUCCUAUAGGGAGGGAAUCUUUGUGCUUAUGGGGUUUCCUUGGUUGGGGACUCUCUUGGGACCUUCCCUCUCAUCCCU